AUGCCUAGCAAUAAGCGGAAGAGAGAGGCUGCCGAAAAUACGGUAUCUACGAAGAAGCCCAAGGCUAAGAAGAGGUUUUCCAACCGCAACAAAAAGACGUCCAGAAUCAUCCCUCUGGUCAACACAUACAGCGCUUUGCCAGCCGAUGAUGAGCCCUCAGACUCAGAAUCUGUAUUUGAUUUCAACCGCAAGAAACACACAGACAUUGUUCUUGACGACGAGAUAGCAAGUGAACAUUCCGGAAACGAGUCGGACGACAUUGUUAUAGUGUCUGACCCUGAACAAGAAGAGGGUACUAAAAGCCAGUCAAACCAGGUAGAACAAACUAGCACCAACGAGUUGGCGCAAAACAACGACUUCAUUGAGUUUGGAUUCGCCUCCUCCUCUGAAGAAGAAGAAGAAAAAGAGGAUGGUGAGUUCUCUGACGAUGGUGUGAUAAGUAACGAUGAAGCACAGGUAAAUGCGCUUACCCCAACCUCAUUAUACCCAUGGAUUAAAGCUCACGACCACUCGAAGCAAAAGGAAAUUGCCGACUGGUUGACGAUGGAAAUCAAAGAUUUUGUCAGUUAUAUUUCACCUUCCAAAGAAGAAAUAAUGGCUAGAAAUUCGGUGGUCAAGACAUUGAAGCAGCAAAUCAAGGUAUGUUGGCCAGAUGCUGAGGCCCAUGUGUUCGGUUCGUUUGCAACGGAUUUAUAUCUUCCUGGAUCGGACAUCGACAUGGUGGUGGUGUCUAAGAACGGAGAUUGCGAGAAUAGACAUAAGUUGUAUCAACUAUCAUCCUUUUUGAGACUGAAGAAAUUGGCCAAAGACAUCGAGGUCAUCGCGGGGGCCAAAGUGCCUAUUAUCAAGUUUGUGGAUCCUAAGACCAAUAUUCACCUUGAUAUUUCGUUCGAGAGAACCAACGGGUUGGAUGCUGCAAGAAGAAUUCGUAAAUGGCUAGAGACAACUGCUGGAUUAAGAGAGUUGGUAUUGGUGGUGAAACAGUUUCUCAGGAGCAGAAAGUUGAAUAAUGUUCACGUCGGAGGGUUGGGUGGAUAUGCCACCAUCAUCUUAUGCUACCAUUUCAUCAAGAUGCAUCCUCGGGUGUCUACCGAAAAUAUGACAGCAUCCGAGAACUUGGGAACAUUGUUGAUUGAGUUCUUUGAAUUAUACGGAAGAAACUUUUCUUUCGACAACUUGGUCAUAGCGUUUGACGGCAAAACAGAUCUGCCCAAGUACUUAAAGAAGUACAAGUAUCCCAGCCUAAUUGCCAGCCGCAACCCGUUUGCAUUGGUGGUUCAGGAUCCAGAUGAUCCAGGUAACAACAUCACCAGAUCGUCUUACAACUUGAGGGACAUAAAGAAAUCGUUUGGUGGUGCAUUCCAAUUGUUGGUAGACCGAUGCUACUAUCUUCACUCUGCAUCGUACAAGAAGAGGAUAGGACAGCUGAUUUUGGGUGACAUAAUCAAAUAUAAGGGUAAAGAGAGAGACUUUAAAGAUGAGAGGGAUUUGGUUGUCAACCAUGCUUUGGUCAAACACGGUAAUAAUGAUGAUGAGGUUAUUGAAGUAACGGACAAGGAAGAUGAAGAGGUCGAAAUAAUAGACGAUCAGCAGCCCGUACUACCAACCCAUAAAUACUACUCAGAUGCCACUGUUGAAAGUGAUCAAGAAGACUCGACGUUUUCGAGUGCACUUCCCCCAAAGCCUGCCAAGGCCAAAGUGAAUGUCGGAAAGUAUUUGUCCCUAGACGAGACUUCCAGCUCCGAUGACGAAACCAACAACGAAAAGAAGCCCAACUCCUUGCCUCGAAAGCCCCAGGAUAAGGAAAAGGUCCGAGAGUAUUGGUUGCAAAAGGGGUCAGGGUUGUAAGUGUAGAUUAGCAUUAAAUAAUAUUGUACAUAAAUGGGACAUCCAUCAAAACAGUUGAGUCAGCAGUUGAAUCAACAACAAUUCGACUUAUUAGGACCAGUAAACUGGUUGUUCAAGAAGCUUAUACUUUGGCUUUUCUGGUUGUUUUCAGCCUGCUGUCGAAGACUCUCAUAGUGUGCAUUGAAGAAAUCUUCGGGAAUAUUGUCUAUUAUAGAAUUGAAGAUAGCUUCGAUUCCCUCGCCAGUUUUGGCACUGGUGAUAAAAUGUUUUACAUGAGGAUUUGCUUCUGUAAACUCGGAAAUCACCGUAGUGUGUGGUUUAUUUGCCAAAUCACUUUUAGUGCCCACCAAUACUAUAUUGAUUUGACCCUCACUCACACUUUCAUUAUUUAAUUUGAGCUGGUCAAUCCAAUAUUUGCUCUUCACAAAGCUGUCAUCAACAUUACUCAAGUCAUAGCAAACUAAGGCCACUCGAGAGUUGCGGUAAUACAUUGGAGUCAAAGAUUUAUACCGUUCUUGACCUGCGGUGUCCCAGAUCUCGAAUUUGAGAUUACGGCUGGAUGUCUUGGAAGCGUGGAGCUUGGUGAUAAAGGCAGCCCCAAUGGUAUUGGCUAAGUUGGUGUCAAAUUCAUCAGUGGUAAAACGGUGGACGAGAGAUGUCUUUCCCACUGACGAGUCGCCGAGCACUACCACUUUGUACGAGGGGCACGGAAACUCUUCGUCUGCCAUACUCCUGAGUGAUAAGCAAAACAAUUUUU